CACGCUCUAAGUUAUGAGUGAAGUUGGAUGCGGAACCUCUGAUGUGCCUCCUGUUCCUGUGACAGACUCCUGAAGUAUACUCACCGACCACGUUGCUGUGCUGCAGGUGAGGGACAGAGCCUUCAGCGGGCCAUGUCGGGGGGCAGCGGUACGAACAACAGCUGGACCAUUCUCUCCUCUGAGGGAACUGUUGCUGAAACCCUGAGGCCCUUUGCAGCAGGGACAGAGCAGCAUGAAGAAAUCCAUCCGUCCUCAACAGGUUCUGGAGAGACGAGCCAGCCUGCAAAGAGUGCAGCGUCUGCAGGAGGACUCCCCGUGGGGGACCAUCCAUUAUCAGAAGAAAAAUCAGAUCAGCCCUCUUCUUCUCCUCCAUCUGAAGUCUCUGACACCGUGGAUCAUGGUGAUAAAAUCAUCCCCAUGGAGGAACAAGCUGAGGGACCAGCACAGUCCGGCUCUGACCCCAAAUCAUCCUCCGUCUCCUACACCCUCCUAACUCCUCUUGGUGGAGCUCCUCCUGGACAAGCAGAGUUCACACAGGCAGAAGAAGAAGAAACUGUGCGUCUGGGGAACGAGCCGGAGCUACAACCGAAAGGGGAGGAGUCAGAGCAGCAGCCAUGGACAGCUGACGCAGACGCCCCUGUGGGUUCAGAGGUCAACAAGGACAGAACGCAGGAGACGGCAGAGAAAGAGUCUGAGGAGAGGAGGAAGAAGUCCCUCCUUGCAGCUCUGGAGCAGAUUGGAAGAAGGGAAGAGGAAGAGGAUGAGGAAGAAGAGUUUCAGGACCCUCAGCGGGAAAACGGUGGCAUCUUCUCUCUGAACAAGUGCAUCCUGGGAGCUGUCCUUCUGUUAGCUUUGGGCACCAUGUUUUUCUCAGACAGCGAGCACGCUGCAAACGAGCUGAGAGACACGGAGGCAGCAGGAAGACAGGAGUGGUUCAGUCCGGUGGUUCCUCCACACACGGACGCCGGCAGCUCAGAGCUCCUGAACAAGCUGGACGAAGGAAGCCGGCAGAUUUCUGCGCUGCAAGCCCAGCUUCAGGCACAGAAAGAGGAGCUAAAAGUAGCGAAGGAACAGGCAGCGGAGGGAGUCAAAGAGCGGCUGCUCUGGGAGGAGGUGGAGAAGGAAAACAGUAGGUUGAAGACAGAGGUGGCGUCUCUCCCUGUCCUUCAGAAAGAGAACGACAGGAUGAAGAAAGAGCUGGAGUCCGUCCCGGCCCUACAGAAAGAGCUAGAAACCCUGAGGUCCACUGUGACAAAAUUCAAACUCUCCUCAGCUGCGGAUCAAAGAGCUCCAGCUGAGGAGAGUCUCUCCACACCGCCCCCUCCUGGACAGACAGCACACAGCAGCCAGGCCCCCGCUGGAGCCACACACACCAGGACGCUCUGGGAUGAGCAGAAGGAAAAGAAGGAUCUUAAGAAGGAUAAAUAUGAGACGAGUGAGAAGAACCUGUCUAAAGAGGGAGAGAAGUCUGCGAGGAAGGACAGAGAACAAAAGGAGUUCAAAAAAGAAUGGAAGAAAGAGAAACGGAGAGAAGGAAUGUUAAAUAAAGAGAAAGAAAAGGCAGGUAAGCAGAAGAGGCAGAGUGAUGAGGUGAAAGACUGGAAGAGAGAGAAACCUGGUAGAGGUGAUGAUGGAAAGCAUGAGGAGAAGGAAGAGAGAGGCUGGAAAAAGGGAAAAGACGAAAACGAAGGUAAAGAUUGGAGAGGAAAGGAGGAGAAAAAGAACCGUCAGGGAGGGAAGGAAGGCGGGGAGGGGUGGAAGGAAGAGAAGGACUGGAAGAAAGUGAAGGAAAGUGACAAAGAGAAGUGGGAAAGGAAAGCUUGGAAGGAGACGGGAGAAAAGAAAGAGUGGAAGAAAGAUGAGUGGAGAGCUAAAAACAGAGAUCAGGGUAAAGAAGGGAAAGGAAAAGAUGAGCGGAAGCCGUGGGAAGAUGGCAACCAUCAUGGUAAAGAGAGGGCAGGGACGGAAGAGAGGAAGAGUAAAAAUGAAAAGCGAGAUGAAGAAUGGAUGAGGAAAGAAGAGAGGUCGAAUGAGUGGAAGAAAGACAGGAAGAGAGGAGAGAGAGAGAAAAAACCUAAAAACGACCAAGUUCAGAACAAGAAGGAGCACAGGUCUGCAGGAAACAAACACCAGGAGGAGCACCUGUACGCUGACCCAAUCCCCCCCCACUCCCACCGCAGACCCUCCGUGGGUCACCCUGAGUACUGGCUCCAGCAGAGGGACCGCCUCCGCCGCCACCCCAGACCCCCCCAGAGCUGCAGCUCAGCGGAGAGCUGCGCUCGGAGCGAGCGGCUGCUUCCUGUCACCUCCCCUGACUUCCAGGACGUCCUUCAGUCCUACCUGAGCGCGGCGGAGGAGGCCGGCGUGGACGAGUCCAGGACCGGGGAGCUGAAGAAGCUCGCCGCCGAGUUCUUUAAAGACGGCGUGUUCGUGCACGACCAGAUGAGCUUUCAAGACUUUGUGGAAGACUUGGGAGAUAUUUUGGAAGACCUGGUGGAAGGAGACGAGGAGGACGAGGAGGACAGUCCUCUGGAGGAGCAAAUGGAGGAGUUUGAAAAAGAAGUGAUGGAGAAGUUUUCAGUGCCGGGUGCUGGCGAGAAGGAGAAGAGAAUAAAAGUGGAAAGGAGGAGGGAGAGCGGACAGGAGCGAGGCUGACGGAGGAGAAGGAAGCGACGGGACAGAUGGUUUGAUCAGAGGGAACACUUAAAUCUACAUUUCACGAGCGGAGACGCUUUCUUUACGUCCACCCGUUGUCUUUUUGAUGCUUACUCACACA